ACCGAGCGGCUGCAGUGGCAGACGUGCUGGGAACUGCAGGCUGCAACCCUGGGGGACGCCCCAAGGGACAAGGGGAGUCAGGAAAGCCUGACUACCCCCUUUCAGGUAGAAAAAGAAACGGCACUCUUUUUCCCAGGGAGGACACGAAAACCCCUCCCGUCUGAAACCGCCUUCGGUUGGCUUGUACAGACACCAACCGGGCAAAGUUGUUUUUGUCUUGCUGUGUUUUUGAUGUUCAUUGUUCUGUUUUUGUUCGUUACGUGGACCUCAUUUGACGGGAUGGGACAGACUAUGACGACCCCCCUCUCUUUGACCUUAGACCACUGGACUGAAGUGAGAGCGAGAGCGCACGAAUUGGCGGUAGAAAUAAAAAAAGGGCGUUGGCAGACUUUUUGCACCUCUGAGUGGCCCUCCCUCAAUGUGGGUUGGCCCCCUGAGGGGACGUUUAAUCUAACUGUUAUCCUCGCGGUGAGGGCUAUUGUUUUCCAGGAGAGACCGGGGUCCCAUCCUGACCAACGACCAUAUAUUACAGUGUGGCAGGAUCUGGUGCAGAACCCACUCCCGUGGGUUAAGCCAUGGGUAAAAGCAGAAAAACUAAGCCCCCGAGUCCUGGCGCUGCAGGAUCGGAGUCGGAGACCCCUUCGGCCCCCCCCCGGGGUCUACCCUGAGAUUGAGCCUCCUCCCGAAUGGCCCCCUUUCUCGCCUCCCCCUUACCCCUCCCCCGCUCCAGGAUCGCAAUCAGGACGGAGGGCGACUGGCUCGGGUCCCUCCGCUGGAACCCGAAGCCGCCGCGGAGCCACUCCGGACGGGCCUGAUACCACGGUGGCGCUCCCGCUAAGAGAGUAUGGAGCUCCUGCGGGGCCCAACCAGCUGUCACCCCUCCAGUACUGGCCUUUCUCUUCCUCAGACCUGUAUAACUGGAAAAAUAACCAUCCCCCCUUUUCAGAAAACCCCGCCGGAUUAACCGCCCUGAUAGAGUCCCUAAUGUUUUCCCAUCAGCCCACUUGGGAUGACUGUCAACAGCUCUUACAGGCACUCUUCACCACGGAGGAGAGAGAAAGAAUCACACAGGAAGCAAGAAAGAAUAUCCGAGGCACCAACGGGCAGCCGGCAACGAUAGCGGAAGCGGAAGAAGGGUUUCCGCACAACCGGCCCAAUUGGGACUAUAACACAGCUGAAGGUAGGGAGGCGCUGUCCGUUUAUCGCCGGGCUCUAGUGGCGGGUCUCCGAGGGGCCGCAAGGCGGCCCACCAAUUUGGCUAAGGUAAGAGAGAUCCAGCAGGGGCCCACUGAACCUCCCUCCGUUUUCCUAGAACGAUUGAUGGAGGCUUACCGCAGGUAUACGCCCUUCGACCCAUCCUCGGAAGGGCAAAAGGCCUCUGUCAUUAUGGCCUUUAUUGGACAGUCUGCCCCAGAUAUAAAAAGGAGAUUACAAAGGCUAGAGGGGCUGCAGGACUACGACUUGCGGGACGUGGUAAAGGAGGCUGAAAAGGUGUAUCAUAAAAGAGAGAGUGAGGAGGAAAAGCGAGAGAGAGAGAGAAGGGAGGCUGAAGAGAGGGAAGAUAAGAGAGAUAGGAGACAAGAGAAGAAACUGACCAAAAUACUGGCCGCAGUGCCUUGCCGGUCUCCUUGGAACACCCCUCUCCUGCCUGUAAAAAAGCCUGGAACUGCUGAUUAUAGGCCGGUCCAGGAUUUGAGGGAAGUGAACAAGAGAGUGCAGGACUUACACCCUACUGUGCCAAACCCAUAUAACCUACUCAGCUCCCUCCCCCCAUCACGGAAAUGGUAUACUGUCCUGGACCUGAAAGAUGCAUUCUUCUGUCUGCGGCUGCACCCAAAGAGCCAACUACUUUUUGCUUUCGAGUGGCGCGACCCUGACAUGGGGGUCGCUGGACAACUGACUUGGACAAGACUGCCUCAAGGGUUUAAAAACUCCCCCACCCUGUUCGAUGAGGCCCUCCACAGGGAUUUGACUGACUAUAGGGUUAAAAACCCUCAAGUGACUCUUUUACAGUAUGUAGAUGAUCUACUGUUGGCGGCGGAGACCCCGGAAGACUGUGAAGAAGGGACCAAGCGCCUCCUGGCCGAGUUGGGUGAGUUGGGGUACCGGGCGUCGAGGAAGAAGGCACAGCUGUGCCAGGAAAAAGUAGUCUAUUUAGGCUACACACUAAAGGACGGCCACAGGUGGCUAACCGACGCCCGGAAAAAGACUGUGACUCAGAUCCCGGCCCCAACCUCCGCUCGCCAGGUAAGGGAAUUCCUGGGGACGGCCGGUUUCUGCCGGUUGUGGAUCCCAGGGUUUGCUAAACUCCCGAGAUUCGGGAUCCCAAAGGUAAUUGGAUCUGACAACGGUCCUGCAUUCGUUGCCCAGGUAAGUCAGGGACUGGCCAGUCAACUGGGGGUCAAUUGGAAAUUACAUUGUGCUUAUAGACCCCAGAGUUCAGGCCAGGUAGAGAGGAUGAAUAAAACAAUUAAAGAGACCCUAACUAAAUUGUCUAUGGAGACCGGCGGUAGUGACUGGACAGCCCUCCUGCCCUUUGCCCUGUUCCGCGUCCGGAACACCCCACAGGGACCCUUAAAACUUACACCCUUUGAAAUCCUCUAUGGGACCCCUCCCCCUUUGGCACAAAUAGGGAUACAUGACCCUGACAUUAUACCCUCUAUACCCUUGUUAGCCCGCUUGAAAGCACUCGAAGCUGUCAGGCGCGACAUCUGGAGCCAACUAAAGGAAGCCUACCAGCCUGGUGACCUGCUCAUACCGCACCAGUUCCAGGUUGGGGACUCUGUCCUUGUGAGACGACAUCGGACGGGGUCGCUAGAACCACGCUGGAAAGGGCCCUACGUGGUGCUCCUCACUACGCCUACAGCAGUUAAAGUGGACGGUAUAACUUCUUGGGUUCACGCCACACACGUGAAGAAGGCACCCCAGAAUGCAGCAGAUCUUUGGAAGGUGGAAAAGACUGAUAACCCUCUUAAG